AUGAAUAAUGAAAAUGAUGAACCUUUUUUUUACGAUCCAAAUCUUCUGGUUGUACCUGCCUCACCAAAUUCAACUGACACAUUAGAUGACCUUGAUGAAAUAAUUGACAUUGCAGCGUUGCCCAUGCACUUUGAUGACGGAUUCUUAAUUGAAAAUGUCGAUCCAGCUCACGACGAUACAUCAACUUCAAACAAUUCCGAAAAUGAGUCCUAUACCAAACGUGGCCAAAUAAGAAAACGUAAGAAAUAUAACACGUCUCCUAAAACUCGUAAAGAAAAAAAAAUAGAACUUAUGAAAUAUAAACAUACUAUUUUACCUGGGUGUGAACAUGAUAUAUGUAGAAACAAAUGUACACAAAAAAUAACGGAAAAUCGCAGAAUAGAAAUAAAUAAACAGUAUUGGGAAAUGAAUUGGUCGGAAAGAAAAUCUUAUAUUUUAAAUACUUGCGAACGUUUUGACGUAAAAUCACAUAAAAAUAAUGAAAAUUGUAAAAGACUAAAUAGUUUGAAAUUAUUUUUAUAUGAUGAAUUUGAUGUGCGAAUGCAAGUUUGUAAGCCUUUUUAAACUACUUUAGGAUUUAAGAAGACUAAUGAUCGUGUACUUAAUGUUCUUGUUUCAACCCCCAAAGGUCAAAUUACACUGACUUCUGAUAAAUGGGGUAAACAUCCAGCAAUUAAUAAAUUUAAAUAUGAAACCUUAAUUAUGAAUCACAUUGAAUCAUUUAAUCCAACAAUUUCACAUUAUCGCCGUGAACACGCGCCAAACAUUCGUUAUUUACCAAGUGAUGUCACUAUAACUUUUAUGCACCAACAUUUUAUAAAAAAGUUCCCUGAAUUAGACCCUAAUUAUAUUUCGUAUGAAUAUUAUCGAUGCAAGGUAAAAGAAAAAUAUAUUUCAUUCGCGCAGUUAGGUCAUGAAGAAUGUGAACUUUGCGAAAGCUUUAAUAUUCAUGAACACAAAACUCAAAUUUUGCCCGAAUGUGAUGUUUAUAUAAUCCGCGUUCUCGAAGACGAGUUUUUUGAUGAUAGUGGCUCCGAGUUUGAUGAUGUUAACUGUAUUGAAAGUGAUGAACCAGUUUAUACGGAUCUUUUACCUGUGGUUGAACACUUUGGUAAUAUUUAUAAUGAAUACUCCGAGAACUUAGUCGUCGUUGAUAAUAAUAUUUCUAAUGAAUAUUUGAAUAUAAGUGUGUUGGAAAAUAACUUAGCCGUAAAUGAAAACGAACACAACUCGGAAAACGCAGCUGAAUUAUGGGGGUUUGCAGACUCUUUUGAAGAAAUGCCAAAUACUGCAAGUCCUGUUAAUUUAGUAGCAGUUAACAAUCGUAAAAAUCUGAAUAGACCUAAAGUAAGGAGUAGUGUUAGAAAUAAUCGUAUUCGGAAGGGUUUAACAGAAGAAUAUAAAUGGAAACACAAUCUAAUGAAUUAG